UCAUGUUGGGGCCGGGCUCCGCGCGCCGCUUCCGCCGUCCCCUCCCUCCGGACCGCCCUGGGCCGCCGGCUCAUGCCCUCUCCGUGCCCGGUGCUGCUUAGGGCCACCCGCACCGCGCUGCUGCUGCUGUCGCUGCCGCCCCGGCUCCCGGCCCGGCCCUCGCUCGCGCUCCGCCGGCCCCUCAGCGCGCCCGCCCGCGCCCCGACCUCCGUCCCAGCCGCCGCCUCUCGGAGCAGCAUGGACGGCGCCGGGGCAGAGGAGGUGCUGGCACCUCUCAGGCUCGCCGUGCGCCAGCAGGGAGAUCUUGUGCGAAAGCUGAAAGAAGAUAAAGCACCUCAAGUAGAUGUAGACAGAGCAGUAGCUGAGCUCAAAGCCCGGAAGAGAGUUCUGGAAGCAAAGGAGCUAGCAUUACAGCCCAAAGAUGAUAUUGUAGACAGAUCAAAAAUGGAAGAUACCUUGAAGAGGAGGUUUUUCUAUGAUCAAGCUUUUGCUAUUUAUGGAGGUGUCAGUGGUUUGUAUGACUUUGGGCCAGUUGGAUGUGCUUUGAAGAACAACAUUAUUCAGACCUGGAGGCAGCACUUUAUUCAGGAGGAGCAGAUCCUGGAGAUUGACUGCACUAUGCUCACCCCUGAGCCUGUUUUGAAGACCUCUGGCCAUGUAGACAAAUUUGCUGACUUCAUGGUGAAAGAUGUAAAAAAUGGAGAGUGUUUUCGUGCUGACCAUCUAUUAAAAGCUCAUUUACAGAAAUUGAUGUCUGAUAAGAAGUGCUCUGCUGAGAAGAAAUCAGAGAUGGAAAGUGUCUUGGCCCAGCUUGAUAACUAUGGACAGCAAGAACUUGGGGAUCUUUUUGUGAACUAUAAUGUUAAAUCCCCGAGUACUGGAAAUGAGCUGUCUCCCCCAGUACCUUUUAACUUAAUGUUCAAGACCUUCAUUGGGCCUGGAGGAAACAUGCCUGGGUAUUUGAGACCAGAAACUGCACAGGGGAUUUUCCUGAAUUUCAAACGACUUUUGGAAUUCAAUCAAGGGAAGUUGCCUUUUGCUGCUGCCCAGAUUGGAAAUUCUUUUAGAAAUGAGAUCUCCCCUCGGUCUGGGCUUAUCCGAGUCAGAGAAUUCACAAUGGCAGAAAUCGAGCACUUUGUAGAUCCCAAUGAGAAAGAACAUCCCAAGUUCCAGAAUGUAGCAGACAUUUACCUUUAUUUGUAUUCAGCAAAAGCCCAGGUCAGUGGGCAGUCUGCUCGGAAAAUGCGCCUAGGGGAUGCUGUUGAACAGGGCGUGAUCAACAACUCAGUGUUAGGCUAUUUCAUUGGCCGCAUCUACCUCUACCUCGUGAAGGUUGGCGUAUCUCCAGACAAACUCCGCUUCCGACAGCACAUGGAGAAUGAGAUGGCACAUUAUGCCUGUGACUGUUGGGAUGCUGAGUCCAAAACGUCUUAUGGCUGGAUUGAGAUUGUUGGAUGUGCUGAUCGUUCCUGUUAUGACCUUUCCUGUCAUGCACGAGCCACCAAAGUCCCACUUGUAGCUGAGAAACCCCUGAAAGAACCCAUAUCAGUUAAUGUUGUUCAGUUUGAACCCAAUAAGGGAGCAGUUGGUAAGGCAUAUAAGAAGGAUGCAAAGCUGGUGAUGGAGUAUCUUGCCAUUUGUGAUGAAUGUUACAUUACGGAAAUGGAGAUGCUUCUGAAUGAGAAAGGGGAAUUCACUAUUGAAACUGAAGGAAAAACAUUUCAGUUAACAAAAGACAUGGUCAGUGUGAAGAGAUUCCAGAAAACACUCUAUGUGGAGGAAGUUGUUCCGAGUGUAAUUGAACCCUCCUUUGGCCUGGGUAGGAUCAUGUAUACUAUACUUGAACAUACAUUCCAUGUACGGGAAGGAGAUGAACAGAGAACGUUCUUCAGUUUCCCUGCUGUGGUUGCUCCAUUCAAGUGUUCUGUCCUUCCGCUCAGCCAGAACCAGGAGUUCAUGCCAUUUGUCAAGGAAUUAUCGGAGGCUCUGACCAGGAAUGGCGUGUCUCACAAAGUAGAUGACUCGUCUGGGUCCAUUGGAAGACGCUAUGCCAGGACUGAUGAGAUUGGUGUGGCUUUUGGCAUCACCAUUGACUUUGAUACAGUGAACAAGACCCCUCACACUGCAACCUUGAGGGACCGAGACUCCAUGCGGCAGAUCAGAGCAGAGGUCUCUGAACUACCCGGGAUAGUCUGCGAUCUGGCAAAUGGCAGCAUCACGUGGGCUGAUGUGGAGGCCAGGUUUCCUGUUUUUGAAGGCCAGGAGACUGGUAAAAAAGAGACAAUCGAGGAAUGAGGACGACUUUAGACUACAGUAAAGGUUUAACCCUCACCAUGUCCAUUUUAUCAAAAAACCAAAAGAGCUACAUUUGAUUGCUCCCAAGGACUGUAUUUUAUUCUCUGACUGCCUGAUUUUAUCCCCACAAUUAAAGUUGCAGAAAUUCUGAACAAUCUGUAA